GUUCAAUUUAAUUAGGCUCCGGUGUUACAUUGUGUAGCAAGUCACGAAACACGAGGACACAAGUAAUGCAAUAUAUAGGACGGGGAUUAUGCAUUUUUCGUUAAUCUUUAUAAUUUUACUUGUACAGCAAAAAGUUGGUUGUUAUUCAAUAAAUGAAAGAGAAACCUACACGAGAUCAUGUUCCUCCGGUUACUAUCUGGACAUCACGUAUGGGCGGUGGUACUGCUCCUAUUCCAGUAAUACUGUCACCAGUGAGAUGGACAAUCAGUGUGGAUACAGUACUUCCUGCACUGUAUCUGCCACUAACAGUUGGCUAGGGGGUGACCCAUGCCCCGGAACAGGAAAAACAUUGGAGUGGAGUGAUUCCUGUGUUUCGAAUUGGGGAGACUGGGGCUCGUGGUCAGGCUGCCCUAGUGACUGCACGACCCAGAGCCUGGUCAGAUAUAGGUCAUGUGUCAAACCUGGAGGGGGAUGUGGGUCGGCUCCAGCAGACUACAUUUCAUGUCUUCGUGUCGGCUGCUCAUCAUCUUCAGAAAUCAGCAGAUAUACACCAGACGACAGCGUAAAUUAUCUAAGCCUGUCAUCAAACUGUUUUGUUUUAACGGGAAAAACAUCGUACACAUUUAGGGUCAAGGCACAUAACGACGUUCAUAUGGCCCUGGGGAGUGUUGAUAGUUAUACAAGUGGUACACAUUAUGAAGUCAUAAUUUGUGGAUGGACCAAUAGUCGCUCUACUAUCAGAUACAGUAUUGGAGGAAGUGAAUGCGUUGCACACGAUGCGACUCUUUUGAGUCAGACCUACUUCGAUGAUUUCUGGGUUUCUUGGUCCGGGGAUCAGGUUAAAGCAGGGACCGGUAGUACAGUUGGGAGCAACACUUUCAUGACUUGCUCACACUCGCCUUCGUAUGAAGUCAAUUAUAUCUUGAUCAAGACAGGCUGGGGUUCAACAGGUGACUGGAGAUUCCCAAACGAUGUUGCCUGCACACAUGAGACCAACAGCAACGUCAACGUCGCUACUGACGACACAUCCUGCAAUGGAGUCAGUUCGUACGCAUGCGCCUCCUCAUACAAACGGGCUGCUGGGAGUACGCAACGUACUUGUCAAGUACAGAAAGUGUGGUCAGGAUAUCCACUAAUCUGCUCAGUUUCAACUUGCAAAAUUGAUAUCCUAUUCAUCAUAGAAGCUUCUUACUACACGACUUCAAUUCACUCUUCCCUUAUGACGGUUAUUGGUGAUUUGGUGGGACUAAUGGCCAUUUCUACCAAUGAUAUACAAGUCGGGGUCAUAACGUAUGACAGUGUUGUGGACAAGAACAUCAAAUUGAAUGCUUACUCAUCAGCGACAGCACUGGACACAGCUAUUUCCUCAAUAACAAUACCAAGUGCUUCUUCGACGAUUCACAUUGCCAAAACUCUGAGAGUCGGCUUUUAUGAUUUCGUUAAAUUAUCCAAUGGAAACAGAUUUGACGCUUACAGAUAUUUCAUUCUUAUCGCAAAAACUUAUUCUUCCAAUUAUGGUAGAGAUGUGGCAAACGCUAUGAGACAGAACCCCAGAAAUCAAGUUUUUACUAUCGGUAUAAGUCCAUCUUCAUCUUUGAUCUCGGACCUGAAGUUAUCGGCGGGUGAUGAUGACAGAUACUUGCAAUUAAGCACUCCGACAGAUCUCUAUCCACAUUUCAACACAUUUCUACAGAAAAUCGUCACGUGUCCAGCAACAGCACCUGUUCAGAGAACAGUCAGCUGUAAGCUGGACAUAGCGUUUAUUGUUGAAAAUUACAACUUGCGCUUUAUAAAGAGAUUCGUAGUAGAUUUAAUGGAUGACAUACCCGUUUCUUCUAGUGGAGUUAGGGUAGGUUUUGUGAUAUAUGAUUCGGGAGCACGAACAGUGUUUGGACUCUCAAAUUAUACCUCCAAUGAAGCUCUGCGAGGAGCUAUUGAAGGAAUAGAAGAGACAAGUAGUUCGUAUCACUAUGUGGACAAAGGUUUGAUAGAAGCCCGGGACAACGUAUUCACGGCCGCAGGAGGUGAUAGGACAGACGCCCCAAACUACUAUGUUUUUGUCGUGGGACCAUUCAACAGGAACACAGAUGCUGUAGCCAGAGACAUCAGUAGUAGUGGGAACAAUUUCAUAUUUGCUGUUCAUAUUGGUUCCUCGUAUCAUUCGGAGUAUCAAGCAUCUGUUGAUUCCUGUGGCGAUUACUCGAAGUACACAAAUGUUGAUUAUUAUAAUAACUUGGUGACCAUUAGAGAACAAGUCAUAGGGAACAUCACCACAUGUCGCAGCGUGGUGGAAACAACACCAGGUUGUAAACUUGACAUCGCUUUCAUAAUGGAUGACUCGACUUCAGUCAGCAGCACAGAGUUCACAGACAUGAAAAGCUUCUUCAAAAGUCUUGUCGCCCGAAUGGUUGUAGGUGAUACGACGGUAAGAAUCGGGGUCGUAACCUUUGGUGACGGAGCAGUUACCGCUUUCCCUCUCAACCAAUACUCUACUUCCGCUGACGUCAUUACUGGUAUUGAGGGUAUCAGCCGAGGAAAUUCGGUAUAUGGUAGGAGUUAUCGCUACGUAGACAGAGCCCUGGAAUACACACAGAAGAGCUUCUUCACCAAGGCUAACGGAGAUCGUACUGACGCUGCUAACUACUACGUCAUACUUACACACGGGUAUUCCUACGGAUACAAGACCAUGGAAUUCGGAUCAGUGUUACGCUCAAUGACCAGCGUAAUCAACGAUAUAUUCAUUGUUGGUGUUGGUAUCACGUCUUCCACCUACGACGCGGACUACCAGGGGGCAGUCAGCGACACAAAGAAAUACAUAGAGAGCAGUAACUUCAUAGGACUUCAGUGCAUUAACGAUAUGGUGGUCUCUAACAUCACAACGUGCCCAUCAGCGUCAAUUAGUCCUUCCACUCCUGUAAACCCCAGUUGUAAACUAGAUAUAGUGUUUAUUCUGGAGACAAAUACAUACUCUUCUAAUGAGAACUAUAUAUACCUGAAAGACUUUUUCUCCAGACUAGUUCAACAAAUCGGUGUAUCGUCCGACACAGUUCGUAUCGGCGCCAUAACAUACAACAGAAAAGCAUACACAGCUUUCGAUCUCCAGACGUACACAACUAGUGAUGACGUCAGUGACGCUUUGUUGCAGCUAACAGAUUCUACAGACAGUAGAUUCCUUAUAGACUCCGCACUGUCUUACGCGCAAUCGACCUUCUUCACUGCCGCUAACGGAGAUCGCGAUGACGCAGCUAAUUAUUACGUGUUUACAAUAGAUGGAAUAAGGAGUGGGGCGGCAAAACAAGGUGAACUGAUCGCAGCUAACUGGCCAGACACGGUCUUCGCCAUUGAUAUUGACAGCGGAUAUCCCUCAGAAUAUGAAAACACCGCUGGAGACAGUAGCCGCUACUUCUAUGCUGCAUCCUACGCAGACCUGUCCUCUAUUGAAUCGGCAGUUUUGGCUGCCAUUAGCGGCUGUCCGGUUCCCACCACCACUACUACAACUACCACUGACAGAUCAGUUACCACCACUGUAGACGCCUCUCUAGAGAAUGCCGAUGUCUCUGCCCCGUGUCCAAACAGUUUACUUUAUCUUUAUCCAGAGGAUUUAACUGCAAGCAACGAUGGAGAGAAAGGAAUGAUGUACCUGAUGACAGAUUUUGUUUUUGCCGCACCUAGUUGCUCGCGCAUCACGUCAUGGGAAUUUUCCUACUCGAAAUCUGGUUGGAUAGAUUUUAUGGUGUGGAGACCUUCGGGGAAUAAAUAUAAACUAGUUGCAUACAACACGAUAUAUGUUGAUGGGGCGAACACAACUGUCUACACUGUGGUGGAAUACGAGAGAAUUGCAGUGCUUGAAAACGACGUAAUUGGAUGGCGCUGUGAGGGAGAUAAUGUAAUCACAAACGGUGACUGUUUAGGACCAUGCGCAGAGGGAUUUAAAGCGUCUGCCGGAAAUAUAGAGAAAGGAGACGAGUUCGAUUGGGCGAACUUGGGUACUGCAAUAACUGGGACAGCCUAUGCCAUUAAGGCAUGCCUUGAAGACAAUACUGUAAUAGCAUUUUCUAACUCUACGUUCUCGGCAAAGAUUCCUGACCACUUAGCUGUGGGUUCCUUUGUACUGGUGCUGGAGGUGACGGGUGCAGAUUACACAGAGGAGGUCAAUUUCACCGCCAUGCAGCAUCCAUCCUUUACGUAUGCUUUGCAGUAUUUCGCAGUGGACCAGAUAGGGCAAAUAACAAUUGCGAAAAAGUUAAUGAAAGCUAAAAUUACGAAGGAUUUUGUUAUUCUCGUGGAAGUAAAAGAUUCUUGUCAAUACAGUGCAACAGCGACAGUGUCUAUUGAAACACAAAACAUGCCUCCUGAAAUACUAGAUCUGCCGAAUUCCAUUUCGAUAUCCGAGGACACGGAAGCAGAUAAAGUGUUGUACUCCACGAACGUUGAAGAUCCCACUGGUGACGAUGUCUGCUGCACGCUAGAAAGUGUGUCCCCCCAGACGCUUAAUUUUAACCUUACCGGAAGCGGAAGCGGAUCUCGUGCCAUCUAUUCUGUUGUAUCUGGUUCAAAGCCAGCGUUUUCCUACAAAGACUUUAACUCUUACAUUGUAAAAGUCUGUUGUGAUGAUAUGGAAGACAAAUCUACAGGGAUAUUAAUAGUCAAUAUCAAGAAACCUGACAAAACUUCCACCUAUGAACCACCCCAAUGGUUUGUGUUGUCGGUGGGCGUGGCUUGCGCCCCUAUCUUUCUCAUGGCGUUCCUGGCGUGUGUGGUGCUCAUACAAACCAUGUUUGGCUUUGAGUGACAGUCCAACAUGAAGCGUGUACUGUGCAUGUGCAAUUCCUUACUUAAAGGACUGAAUAGACAACGAAAUUGCUUUCGUUUUUAAUGAACAUCAUGUGUUUGUGAUGAUUAUUGGAUUAACACUGGAAACUCAAUUUACUGGCAGCUGUCCUUACAAAAGGUGAAGAUAAUGGACAGCGAUCAAUCUCAUAACUCAAGAACACAAAAUGAAGAGUAUGGCAAACACAAAAUGAAGAGAAGGGCAAAUAUGUACCUGCUAGGUCCAGGAGUCCAUGUUUUCCCUUCCCUUAUUUUGUAUUCUUUCUAGGAUUGAUGAGAUCGAUCACUGUUCGUUAUGUUCACUUUUGCAUUCACUAGUUUGUCCGAUGUAUACGUAUCUGAAUCCACAGUAUGCAUCAACUGUGUAUUUUGCUAUAUUGUUGUGAGAGACGACUUACGAAAUAUAUUUCAGCAAGGAUAGAAAUACUUAUAUGCUAUAAUUGUUCGAAGUAAAUGCAAACUAGUUUU